UAAUGUAUGUUGUACAACUACUUAAUACCAAGUUUGUAACAGUUCUUUUGCAUUCUUACAAUGGAAGAGAGUAAAAUUCUUCAAUAUUUUGAAGGAAAGACGAUUCUCAUCACUGGAGCCACAGGAUUUUUAGCAAAAAUUUUCUUGGAGAAAGUACUUAGAGUUCAACCCAAAAUCAAGAAGUUGUUUCUUCUUAUUAGGGCAGUGGAUAAGAGAUCUGCUGAACUGCGCUUACACGAAGAGGUGCUCAACACUGAAUUGUUUGGAAUUCUGAAGGCGAAAUAUGGUGCAGAUUUAAUUCCUUUCCUAUUAUCAAAGGUUAUUCCAGUUUGCGGUGACGUUUCUUAUGAAAACUUGGGUAUCUUUGACUCAAAAUUGAGAGAUGAGAUUUCUCAAGAAGUAGAUAUUAUUGUUAACUCAGCGGCAACAACUAAAUUUGAUGAAAGAUACGAUGUUGCAAUGGGGAUCAAUGCUUUAGGAGCCAUGCAUGCACAAAAAUUUGCAAGAAACUGUUCAAAAAUAGAGAUGUUUGUCCAUGUAUCCACAGCUUAUGUUCAUGGCUCGAGUGUAGGGAUCGUGCCAGAAAAGCCAUUUCGUAUGGGCGAAACACUUGAUGGAGCUGAAAUCUCCUAUUUAGACAUCAACACAGAAAAAAAGAUACUGGAAGAAAGAUUAAGAGGACUUGAAGCUCAAAAUGCAACAGAGCUAAAGAUCAAAUCAGUUAUGAGAAAUUUGGGAAUUGAAAGAGCAAAGCUGCAUGGAUGGCCAAACACGUACGUGUUUACAAAGGCUAUGGGGGAAAUGCUUCUGGAGAAGUUGAAGGAAAAUGUUAAGCUCAUUAUUGUACGCCCAACAAUAAUAACAAGUACUUAUAAAGAGCCCUUCUCUGGUUGGACCGAAAGUAUAAGAACUCUUGACAGCAUCUUUGUUGGUUAUGGCAAAGGAAAAAUAAAAUUCUUCGUUGGUGAUCCCGACUCGAUACUUGACAUGAUACCUGGUGAUAUGGUGGUGAAUUCUAUGCUUGUAGCAAUGGCUAUGCAUACAAAUCAACCAUCUCAUAGGUUAAUUUAUCAUAUUGGUUCAUCUCGAAGAAAUCCACUGAAAUAUGCAGACAUGAAGUGGCUUAUGUAUCGUUAUUUAACUAAAAAUCCUUUGCUUGAUACGGGAGGGAAGCCUAUCAAAGUAGAGGAAGCCAAAAUAUUGGAAACCAUGGCUAGCUUUCACAGAUAUAUUGCAAUCCGUUACUUGCCAUUUAUACAGAUGUUGAAGUUGGCGAACAUGAUACUAUGCAACCAUUUUGAACAUGUACAUGUGAAUGCAAGACGAAGAGUCAAUCAUUCUAUACGUUUAGCAGAACUCUACAAACCGUACCUGUUCUUUCAAGGAAUCUUCGAUGACAGUACUACUGAAAAUCUACGAACGGCAACUAGAGGAAGUGAAGUGUUUAACUUUGAUCCAAAGUGCAUUCAAUGGGAAGAUUACUUUAUGAACAUUCAUUUUCCAGGAAUCAUAAAGUAUGCAUUGAAGUGAUCACACUUUUGGAUGUGUUCAUGUGCUAGCGUUUCUUUGAAUAAGUAUGUUCAUGAUUAUUUCAUUCAUAAAGAAACAUCAACGAUAGGCUAUUUUAUGUAUGAAUAUUUUUCUCCGAAUAAUGAGAAUAUUGAGGAAUUUUGAUUCUGAUAA